AUGGUGGGUUUGCUUGAAACAAAAAGGGAGGAAAUCUCUGUAUUUGAUGUUGCAAGGAUUUGGGGUAGUAGCUCUAUAGGUUGGGAGUAUGUGGAGUCUGUGGGGGCGACCGGGGGACUAUUGUUGAUAUGGGAUGACAUAAUAUUUCAGAGAACUAAUUGCUAUAAAGGUGAAAGGUGGCUGUGCGUUGAAGGUCCCUUUCUAUUUUUUGGGGACUUAAAUGACAUUUUGCAAGUCGAUGAUCGCAAAGGGUUGACGAGUUUACCGUCUUCAGCGGAAGAGUUCAAGGGGUGGGUCCACGACAUGCAGCUGUUGGAUCUACCGUUGACUGAUAGGAAGUUCACAUGGUUCAGGGGUAGAUCCUGUAAUCGGAUUGAUAGAGUGUUAGUGAAUAUUGAAUGGGUAGAGAAGUAUCCUGACAUCCGGCUAAGAGGGGGUCCUAGGGGCUUGUCAGAUUACUACCCAUUGAUUUUGGAGGAGUCACGGGUAAGAGGGGGCCCUCGACCAUUCAGAAGUCUAGAUUCCUGGUUUACGCAUGACUGUUUUUUGAGGACGGUAAAAAACGAGUGGAGAAACCUGGGAGAUGGGCCGUUCAUUGGUAAGCUGAAAGCCUUGACGAUACCGCUGCGACAAUGGCACAACGAUCACUUUCGUGGCAUGGAAAACAGAAUAAUGAAAUUUGAGGAGGAGAUACAGAGGCUAGACAAUCAGGUGAGUGAUGGGAUUUAUGAUGGUACGACGGAGGCUAGAAGGAAGGCUUUGGUGAACUUUUGUAAAAAGUGGUACAUCAGAAAGGAAAUCCACUGGAAGCAGCUGUCUCGGUCCAAGCAUGCUAGAGACAUGGACAGGAAUACCAGAUACUUUCAUAACAUUGCCUCGGCUAGAAGACAAAACAACAGAAUUGAUGCUUUAAUGAUUCAUGGACGGCUUGUGCGGAACCCGACAAGAAUAAAGCAUGCAAUUAGGGGGUUUUACAAGGAGCUAUAUCGCCAGGAAUAUGUUCCGAGGAUUGGUGUCCGGAAUGGGUUGUUGAAGCAAAUUGAUAGAGCUGAUGCUGAAGCCUUUGAGUUUUACCGUCGGUGGAGGAAAUUAGAGAGGUAG